AUGGAAGCAUAUCUCAAACUGGAUCUCAUUGGACAAGGAUCUUUUGGGCAAGUAUACAAAGGCAGAAAAAAGUUUACAUCUCAGAUUGUAGCCUUGAAGUGUAUUCCAAAAGGAGGAAAGUCUGAGAAAGAGCUGAAAAAUCUUCGACGAGAAAUUGACAUCAUGCGAGGACUGAAACAUGAUAAUAUCAUUGAGUUGUUGGACAGUUACGAUACUGACUCUGAGAUUGUGGUUGUAACUGAAUGUGCAGAAGGAGAACUGUUCCAGAUUUUGGAAGAUGACCUCAGCUUGCCAGAGGAGCAGGUACAGGUGAUAGCUGCCCAGUUGGUCUCAGCCCUCCACUACCUUCAUUCUCAUCGCAUUCUUCAUCGGGACUUGAAACCUCAGAACAUUCUGCUGGGUAAAGGUGGAAUCAUUAAACUGUGUGACUUUGGGUUUGCCCGCGGAAUCAGAACCAACACAGUGGUAUUUACAUCCAUCAAGGGUACACCUCUGUACAUGUCUCCUGAGUUGGUGGAAGAGAAGCCUUACGAUCACACAGCCGACCUUUGGGCCCUUGGCUGUAUCUUGUACGAGUUGUUUGUGGGGACCCCUCCGUUCUACACUAACAGCAUCAUUCAGCUGGUCAAGAUGAUCACCAAUGAUCCCAUCAAGUGGCCCAAGACAAUGACCGCAGUGUUUAAGGACUUCUUACAAGGUCUGCUUAACAAGAAUCCAAAGAGCAGGCUGACCUGGCCAUUUUUGUUUCAGCACGCCUUUGUGGCACAUCUAGUCAAAGUGAAUGACGAGGACAUGAAACUGCCGUCACCUUUUACCCAACCUCUGUCGGCAUCCAUGAUGAUCCUCAAGGAAGAACAAACAAAGGCCAAGACAAACCCACCUGGCACAUCAAAAAUUCUGGCUCGUGCUCGUAGGAAGGCUUUAGAAGAAGUAGAGAAAAAUAAACCAAAACACAGCAACACACAAGCUUGGGAUGAGACAGGUGGAGCGGCUGAGGAUGGACCUGGCAGAGACAACAGAAGACACAGCAAGGAGACAGACUGCUCGAACUCCAGCAAGAUGACACUUCCAGCACCAAGACCUGACUGCAUCAGUAAAGAUGAUAAAGCUGAAUGCCCCAGUCUGGAAGUUCAGGGAAGGACAGUCGUCCGUAAAAACAAGGCGCCCAACAAUAUGGAGAAUGUUCAACUGGAAGGGGAGGAAGCCGACAGUGAUGAUGAGUGGCAGAAAUUGAUUGACCUCACAGAUCAAGAUGGGGACCCGGAGUACACUCUUCAGCUUCUGGAGGACAAGGAGGCCAUGGCAAAGUUGCACACUCGUCUGGUGUCCAGCAGUGAUCAGGUGAGAGAGUGUAUGCUGGAGGGAGCUUCCAGGUUGAGGUCAGUGCUAAAGGUCAUCACUAAUGUGGUCACGCUCAAGUGUGACGUUUCUAGGAUUGUGAUGUUUUGUGAGGUUGUGGACAUUCCUACCAGACUUUUGGAUUUAUUGACAGAAAUUUUAAAGGGAACUACAGUCAAGCAGCAACCGUGGGCACAACAGAUACUGAUUGAUCUGGUGAUCGCUGUUAAUGCUUACUUUGCCAGUGAGAUUAGUUGGACUGACUGGUCUCAGACAGAUCAAAAAGCUAAACAUGUAUUGCUUGGUUACAACCGUGCUGUCCACUCCUUCUGGUCACUGGUGCCAGCUCUGGUAACUGUCAGCAUUGAUGAAGACCUAAGGAUACUGGAGCAGACCUUGCUGUGUAUCAUCUACCUGAGUGAUGCCAAUGAGAGGAGCAUGGUGGAGCAUCCAGUCAGCUACUACACAUCCCUGGUGAGCCAGCACAGAGACAGUCUUGAUGCCAUCUUUGCCCAUACACGAGCAGAGCCUUCUGUACUUACAAGGCUAACAGAAAUUGCUGAAGGCAACAUCCAGGCAGCUGCUGAACGAAUGGAACACAUGAUUCUACAAGCCAUUUCCUGUUUGGCCGCCAUUACCUAUGUUUCCCAAGGGGCAGAUGUUUCAAAGGAAGGAAAGAGAAAAGUGGCGGAAUAUGUUGCCGAGAAAAUCACUAGAAAUGGCGACGCAAGGGGAGACGAGUUUCUGGACCUGAUGAGGCAUCCUGUACACUGCAGUGUGGUGCUGAAGGUUGUCUACUCCUGCAGUCAGUCAUCUGCAAUGUUUUGUGAGUUCCUCAACAACAAUCCUGCCCAUGUGGACUCUCUCAUGGCAAUCAUCAUGGAGAAGGUGGAGGUUGCAGACAUGGAGAUCAACACAGUGGUGGAGUUGGUGUUAUACAUCCUCUGUGUUAUUGUGAUACAAACUCAAUCUAUGCCAGAACCGUUGGCUGAUGCAGCUGCCAUGAUGGUCGGCUUGUUUUUAGACUCCACUCUGGCGAGCCACACAGCUGCUUCUGCCCUGCUGUUUAGCCUGAUGGUUGCUUGUGGGGUCAAUGCUGAAGUUCAGCCCUUUGAGAUGAUGCAGGCUUGUCUGGCCGUAUUUACAGAUCUUGAUCAGAUUUUUGUGAGGCCACCCUUUGAGUAUGGGGUCCUGGAUGGCCUUUUAAUGUUGCUGAGGGAAUUGCUAGGUGGGGCUGAAAGUCCUGUUGCCAGCUUAUACAUUGAGUCAGGAAUCUGGAGUGCAAUGUGGCACAGAAUUGCACAAGGGACCAGAGUUCUAAAUCCGGAUAAUGAGAUGCCAAUACAUGACAUUGAGGGAGUGGAAGAUAAAACACAGCCUUCAGAAGAGUUCCUGCCUCCAGAGUGGUCUCUGAUCUCUCCCCAGGGUUUGAUGGCCUCUCUGCAGAUGGCUGUGACAGUCUUCACGAAG